AUGUCUGCUCGUGCUAAAUUAGCAGAGUUGCGAGCUUUACGGGCUGCAGGGAAAAAGCGUCUCUCAACUUACGAAGUCGAAGAAGACGAGGACAUUUACGAACAAGUUGACGAAGAGGGAUAUAAGAAAGUUGUUCGAAAACGACUUGACCGUGACGACUUCGUUGUUGAUGAUAACGGUGAGGGAUACGCAGAUGAUGGCCGGGAAGAAUGGGAUGAUACUAGGCGAGCGGCCAGCGGAAGCGACAGUGACGACCUCCCAGUCAGAGGUAAAGCUGCUAAACGGAAGCGAGACGAAGAAAAUCAAAGGAAGGAAAAGAUAGCCAACGGAAUCAACAAAUAUUUUACUGCUACGGUCACUAAGCAGACCUCAAAACCAAAGCCUGUUGCUACUGCCGACGAUGAAGCCUUUCUUGCGGAUAUUUUAGGUGAUGUGGAGACAAAUAUCGAGUCCACGAAAAUUCCCGUCAAAAAAUCGAUCAAGUCUGAGACGCGGAGAAAAGUACGGAUUGUUUCGCCUCCAUUGGAACAAAAAUCGCGGACAAGGAAGACCGAGAACGACCAUGAGAAUGCCAGGGCACUCCCUAAAGAUGACUCUGCACUGGAUACAGGGUUUGAGGACGACGGAUUUCUCCCCGGUGGAGAUGACGAUGCCAUAAUGAGCGAACAGCCGUUGCCAUCGUCUCCCGUCGCUAAAGCUGUCGAACGUAAGACGGUUAAUGCUUCGAAGUCGAAACAGGAAAUAAUCAAGGAGGAGGAAGAAGAGGAUGAAGACAUGAUGGACGUGGCAGAAGCAGUUGCGGACCAUAACACCCACACUCCAAGCGUCAAUAUGGUUGGAAAGCGGCCCCCUCCAAAGAUCAAGAAGGAAGUCUAUGACGACCCCAUGGCCUCUUCGCCAGCCCGGGUUACAACUGAAGUGAUCAAUCCGUCUGCCUGGAAUGACGUAACGAGCAAGCUAAACGUACUCAGUAGCUCUGUUUCCGAUAUGCAACGGUUUGGGAAACUAAGUGCUCAGGACGCUGUUGAGGAAGACGGUAGCUUGAAGUUUUUCUGGCUGGACUACACCGAGAUCAACGGUAGCUUAUGUCUAUUUGGCAAAGUUAAGAACAAAGCCAAUGACAGCUACGUAAGUGCUUUUGUCAAGGUUGAUAACAUCCUAAGGAAGUUAUAUUUCUUACCGCGAGAACAUAAACAUCGUCGAGGCCAAACGACAGAUGAGGAAGUCGAAAUGGAAGACGUUUAUGGAGAGGUAGACAGCCUCAUGAGCAGAUCGAAAGUCGAGAUGCAUAAAAUCAAACCCUGCACCCGAAAAUAUGCCUUCGAGUUACCCGAUGUCCCCAAAGAAGCUGACUACUUGAAGCUUAUGUAUCCCUACACUAAACCUACCUUGCCCCUAGACUUGAAGGGAGAGACGUUUUCACAUGUCUUUGGGACGAAUACAGCCCUGUUUGAGCAAUUUGUGCUAUGGAAGAACAUUAUGGGUCCAUGUUGGCUGAAAAUUGACGAUGCUGACUUCACCGCUGUCAACGGAGCGUCAUGGUGCAAGCUUGAAUGCCAGGUCUCGAACCCUGCUGCGAUAUCAUUAGUCCCUGACUCGGAGGAAGUUGAGAAUCCCCGUUUGACGCUCAUGAGCUUGGCUUUCAGGACGCAGCUCAACGUUAAGGAAAAUAAACAGGAGAUUAUUAUCGCCACGGCUCGCGUAUAUGAGAAUAUUCUCCUCACUGACACCACGCCGCCUGAGAACCUACCUUGCAAAACUUUUACCGUCAUGAGACCCUCAGCCGCUACGUAUCCUCUUGGGUUCGAGGCUGAGACUCGCAAACAGCGCGGGACUGUUAUGCUUGAGAAGACUGAGCAAUUCCUUCUCAGCAAAUUUUUAGCAUUAUUCGAAAAGAUUGAUCCUGACGUCCUUAUGGGCCACCAGCUCCAGGAGGUGGACUUCAACAUUCUUCUCAGCCGUUUGCGGGAGAAGAAGACUCCGGGAUGGCACCGUAUUGGCAGAAUGAAGCGUGGUGAAUGGCCAAAGAAUUUCUCAAAGGGCUCCGGAUUUUUUGGUGAAAGACAACUUCUCGCAGGUAGACUGCUCUGUGACGUUGCCAAUGAUAUGGGAAAGUCUUUGAUGAUGAAGUGUCAAUCCUGGACAUUGACGGAAAUGUGUCAACUUUACCUAGGCGAGGGAAAUCAACGGCGAGAUGUCGACACUGAAGCAGCUCUCAAAACAUGGGCAACUGGAAAAGAAGGCUUGAUGAACUUCCUUAGCCAUUGCGAGGCUGAUACAUUCUUCAUCGCUGCACUUGUCCUCAAGCUACAGAUGCUUCCUUUGACCAAGGUUCUUACCAACCUUGCUGGAAAUUCAUGGUCUAGGACUCUCAGUGGAACCAGGGCAGAACGAAACGAGUAUAUUUUGCUCCACGAAUUCUACCGUGGCAAAUACAUCUGUCCCGACAAGUAUGGCCACAAAGCUCAGAUGAAAGUCGAAGAAAAUGAAGGAGAGGAAGAUGGAGCCGACAAGAAGAAGAAGGAGAAAUUUAAGGGUGGCCUUGUCUUUGAGCCCGAAAAGGGGCUUUAUGAUAAGCAUAUCUUGGUCAUGGAUUUCAACAGUUUGUAUCCCAGCAUCAUUCAAGAGUAUAACAUCUGUUUCACCACGGUAGACAGGCACGCAUCUUCUGAAAAUGAUCGAGAGGAGAGUGUGCCCGAGGUCCCAGAUAGUGCUCAAGCACAGGGAAUCCUGCCACGUCUCAUUGCUACCCUUGUUAACCGUCGAAGAGAAGUCAAGAAGCUCAUGAAAGACAAGCAUGCUACGCCUGAAGAACUUGCUCUUUGGGAUACGAAGCAACUUGCCUUGAAGCUAACGGCCAACUCUAUGUACGGAUGCUUGGGUUAUACACAAUCCCGAUUUUACGCCCGACCACUUGCCAUGCUUACAACAUUCAAAGGACGAGAAAUUUUACGUAACACUAAGGAACUCGCAGAAAGUAACCAGCUCCGCGUUAUCUACGGAGAUACUGAUUCAGUCAUGAUCAAUACAAAUACAGAUAACGUCCAGGAAGCGGUGAAGGUUGGCAAUGAAUUCAAACGCAUGGUUAACCAGCGAUACAGACUCCUUGAAAUUGAUAUCGAUAACGUGUUCAAGAGACUUCUUCUGCAUGCCAAAAAGAAGUAUGCCGCGAUCAACAUGGUGGAGGUGGAUGGGAAGUAUGUUGAACACCUUGAGGUUAAGGGUUUGGAUAUGAAGCGCCGAGAAUUCUGUGCCCUCUCAAAGGAAGCUUCCACUAAGCUGCUCCAUGAAAUUCUGUCUGGAGACGACGUCGAGGUUGUUCUCAACAAGAUUCAUGAUUACUUACGUGAGCUGGCACAGAAGAUGCAUGAAUAUACCGUCCCGGUCCAGAAAUAUGUGAUAUAUACGAAACUCUCCAAAAAACCAGAUGAAUACCCAAAUAAGGAGACUAUGCCUCCAGCACAAGUAGCCUUGCGUGAACUUGCUCGAGGCAAAUCGGUCCGACCCAACGAUGUUAUUUCCUAUAUUGUGACGACUGGAGACGAGGAAACAUCUUCUUUAGCACCUGCGAAGCGAUCCUACACACUACAAGACGUCACGAAAGCAGGCUCAGAACUAAAACCUGAUGUGGAAUUCUACCUUCUUAAACAAAUAUUCCCUCCGAUCGAACGACUAUGCGCUCCCAUACCAGGCACAGACGCCGCACGACUUGCUGAAUGUCUCGGCUUAGAUGUCAGGAAAUACCAAAUCUCAAGUAACGUAACACACGGCCAACAAGAAACAGAGCUAUGCGCCCUCGAGUCUCAGAUCCCUGACUCCAUUCGAUUCGAGAAUGCCGCCAGACUGAGCCUUAAGUGCCGCUUCUGCCGUAAAUCAACCAUCUUCGAAGGACUCUCCGCUUCGAUGAAUGUCUGCUCUCCGAACGGGUUAAUAUGCCACGAUCCAUCAUGUGCUAAACCCUUCACCGUCAUCUCUAUCGUUGCACAGCUGGAGAGCCAAAUCCGAGCCCAAACAGCUCGGUACUACGAAGGAUGGCUAGUUUGCGAUGACUCUGCAUGUGCCAACCGAACGCGCCAGAUGAGCGUUUACGGCCACCGAUGUCUAGGACCCCGUGGACGAGCGGAGGGGUGUUUAGGUCGCAUGAAUUACGAAUAUACGGAAAAGCAGCUAUAUAAUCAACUUCUUUACUUUGCAGGGUUAUGGGACGUGGAGAAGGCAAGGGCCGUGGCUGAGAAGGAAGCUUCUGUCGAGAAGAAAGAGGCGAUUCUUGCACUAGCUGCAUGGAAUCGGACACGAUUUGAUACCGUCAAGUCUGUUGUGGAUGGCUACUUGAAGAAAUGUGGACGGCAGUGGGUAGAGAUGGAUACUCUGUUUGGAUUUGCUAUGCCAUAA